AUGGUUUCGAAUAGUAAGCUUUCAGUAAGUUUUUUAAAAAUUCAAUUUUUGUGAGCUGUAUAUUUAAAUUGUUUAGUCAAAGUUUUUCAUAAACAGCACCUUUCUGAACGUUUCCAUCUAUUUUUUGACCAGUUGCUUAUGUUAUUCAUGAGAACAAUGAUGUAUUAGGUUGUUCAAAUAACCCUGUAUCCUCUCAAAGCAAAUUUUUGGCGUUAAGGAAUACAAAAUUGUAUGAACAACCUAAUAUUAAAAGCAAACAAAGUUUUGUCGUUUUUUAACAUUAAAAUCAAUGUAAAUUAACGUCAAUACUUUAUGGCCUUAUGUAUUUUGGUAUAACCAUCAUAUAAUUUCAAUAUUUUAACAAAACUAUAAAAAGAGUAUUGUUCGUAUUAACCUACAACUUUUAACUCACAAUUGAUUCUUUCAUACUAAUAAUCCUUUUGGCUGAAACGAAAUGUCACAAAAAUUAAGGACGAAGUGUCAAGAAUUUUGUAAAAUAUUUUCGGCCGUUGUUGAUAAUUUUUUUCUGUUCUGUUUAUGAUGCUUAUGGUCUCACUAGCUUUAUAAGGAAUAUUUUUGUUUUGAAAAGCUGUUUUGAAUCUUAUCUAUUUUGGCAGAAUUUGGUUGUUUUCAACUUUUUAAACUUAAAAUAGCCAAAUAUGCGCUCACUUAGUUUACGUUUCAGUUUAAUAUUGUUAUAACAUUUAUUUAGGUGAAUUUUGAAUAAGAAUCAGAAGAUUUUAAUUUAAUUUUACUUUCAGUCGACCAGUCGAAGGAAGACAUCCAAGUUUCUGCGUUAUGCCUUGCGGCGGAAGCCCUGUACGGGCAUGGUGGUUGUGGGGGCGGUGGUGAUUCCGUUGCUGAUACUUCUGUGUAUCUUCUUCUUCUUCUGGAUUCGCAGUUCCUAUAUUCAUAACGAAAUCUUCCGCCGUGACAAGGCUUUGCUUCGCCUGCGUGGAGACGAGAUCUCGUUCCAACAUUGCGCGUAUCAAGAUCCUGGAGAGUACAACACGGUGAGGAAGUGGCAUUUUUAUGGUUUUUAAAAUGUUUUAGAAGUUAAAAGUUACAGUAACUGUUUUUGGGAAGAUAUAGUGAUAUUGUUAUAGCCUUCUUCUUGGUUAUUUUAUCUUUCCUUUUGAAUUUAACAAAAGUUUUUGAAUUUUUAGGUAAUAAAGCGAAGCGGGAGCAUUAUAGAUCAAUGUGUUUGCACCUAAGUGUCUAUAUAACGUAUAUUAAUAUACUUUUGAAACCUAUAUCAAUGUAAACUACGUAUUCAAGAGCAGUCGUACUAUAAGUUUCGACUUCGUUUGUAUAAUUUGGUUAUUUUACAGAGUUUCUGCGAAUUAUAUUGUGGAGAAGCAGCUCAGUCAUGGAGAUUACAUCACUUGAAAACCGACCAGUAUAUUCCACCAACUUGUCUCGACAAACAUGAACAGGUAGGCGUUUUGUUACCUAAAAAAUUAUUUUUUGUUUAAUUUUAGAGAAGAUAAAUCUGUAGUUUUUUUAGGUACGCUGUACCGACGUUGAGAGUGUCUAUUGUAUAAAGCCAUCUCAAGGCCACAUUGACUGUCCCGGCUCUAAACUGGAUGGCUCGAGUGACAGCAAUGUAGGCGAAGGAGAGAAGUACAUAGUAAUACCAGAUGCUGAUGAACUAAAGAACAUGACUGGAAAAGUUGUGCUGGCCAAUCAACUGGUCGGCAAAUGUCCCACUUGUACCGUUCGAAGCGACUACUUUAAAUUCACCGAAACUGGCACUUGUUAUCGCAAAAUGUCGACGCUCACCCUGGGCUGGCCGGGCAAUCUUCAGUACUGUACCAACUUGGAAAAAGCGGGCAAAGAUCAGCAUUGUACUCAACUUAUCAGUGGCAAUUUGGGAUGA